AUGUUCCCUGCCAAGGAAUACAAGAUCGUGGUCGUGGGGCUUGACAACGCCGGCAAAACGACGACGCUUUACAAGCUGCAUUUGGGAGAGGUGGUUACUACGCACCCUACUGUUGGAAGCAACGUCGAGGAGCUUGUCUACAAAAACAUACGAUUUGAGGUUUGGGAUCUUGGUGGGCAAGAAAGACUCCGGACGUCAUGGACAACAUAUUAUCGUGGGACACAUGCUGUUAUCGUAGUGGUAGACAGCACUGAUAGAGCUAGGAUCUCUCUUAUGAAGGACGAACUAUUUAAGCUGCUUCCACAUGAGGAUUUACAAAGUGCAGUUGUACUCGUCUUUGCAAACAAACAGGAUCUUAAGGAUGCCAUGACACCUGCUGAAAUAACCGAUGCACUAUCCCUUCACAGUAUCAAGAACCAUGAUUGGCAUAUUCAAGCUUGCAGUGCUCUCACUGGCGAAGGUCUAUACGAUGGUCUGGGGUGGAUCGCGCAGCACGUCACUGGGAAAGCACCAAGCUAA